AUGGAUUGCGAAGGCUGUGUUCUGAAGCUAACAUCUUUUUUGCGAAUGUGUAACAAUAAAGAAGAAUUAUUGGAGUUUUUAAAAUCACAUAACGUAAUUAAAAGAUCAGUGAUUUGUUCAAGUUGCGAGAAAUCAGCAACGUUUGAUAAUCACAAAUUGAAGUGGAGGUGCCAAAAGAAAAGCAAAGUAAAGAAAGGACAUAAGAUUCAGAUUAUAUCGUGUACGUUCAGUGCAACAAUUAAAAAAGAUACGUGGUUCGAAAACGCCAAUAUUUCCAUCGAGACGGCUUGUACAUUUAUUGGAUACUUCGUGACUAUGAGCCCACCACGUCAAAUGUUUUUGGAAAGAGAAUUAGAAUUAGCUUCGAAAACUGUCGUUGACUGGUCUAAUUUUAUUCGAGAAGCUCUGCUGUCGUGGUGUAUCAAAAACUCGAAGCAAAUUGGUGGACCGAAUCGUGUUGUUGAGAUUGACGAAGCAAAAUUCGGCAAGAGAAAAUACCACCGUGGACGUGUUAUCGAUGGACAGUGGCUUUUCGGCGGAUUCGAAAGAGAUUCGACGGAAUUAUUUGUCAUUCCUGUUCCAGACAGAUCAGCUGCGACAUUGCUAAAUGCAAUAAAAGUACAUAUUUUACCGGGAACUACAAUUAUUUCUGAUUGUUGGAAAGCAUAUAAUUGCUUAGACACGGAGGGUUUUCAGCAUCUGACUGUUAACCAUUCUUAUAACUUUGUGGAUCCCGAUACAGGAGCGCAUACGCAGAACAUCGAGCGUACUUGGCGAGAAGUUCGUUCCAAUAUCCCCCGUUAUGGACGCCGCGAGUAUCAUACAGACGGCUAUAUCGCAGAAUUUUAUUUUAAACGAAAAUAUCCAGAUCAUACUCAGCGAUUUCAUAAGAUCUUCGAAAUUAUCGCGCUCGAUAACGAGGCAAACCGAAAUAACGGAACGGGAUAG